UGGACAUUCAAUGAGUCUUUUUUUGAGGUGGAGAAGUUAUCAAUUUAAAAUAAUUGUGAAACAUCGCACUGAAUAUUGCAGGAAUUAUGGCAUAUCAUUUAUCAUGCGAAAACUUUAAUCAGCUCUUAGAUAGAGGAUGUAACCGGUAAUUCGGCAAGUAAAGCAAAAGUGACAGAAAUGCUUUGUUGUUCCAAAGUUUUUCUCCGCUUUAUUAAAGGAACAUUGGUACAAAGCAAAUCAAGCCACUUUUGUUUUCAAGAUUUUCUUUCUUAUAUUAUCAGGAUUUUGUAGCUUUUGCUGAAUUCUAGGUCCCAAAUUUCAGGUAUGUGGACACGCAGUCUCUCCGUAUCGCACUAUAACGAAUUACUUGAUAGAGGGAUCAGAAGAUCUGGUAAAUAUUUAUACAAGCCGAUGAUUGCCAGUACAUGCUGUCCACAAUAUACAAUCAGACUUGAUGUCAACAAUUUCCGCUUGUCAAGAGCACAAAAAAAAGUGUUGCGUCGAAUGAAUGAUUUUCUCCAGAGAGAUGUUCGACCGAACGAACGACCAAAAAUACCAGAACAUAAGGUAACACAAAGGGCAGCUGAAAGUAGUGCUGUUUCAUCAAAUUCUCAAGUCAAAGAGGUACAAGAUAAUGAGAAGGAAAUAGUGAAUCAUGGAUCUCGAAAAAAAGAAAAGAAGAAGGUCCAAAGGCAAGAAAGAGCUUUCCAAAAAAUGCGCGAGAAAGGUAUCAAUGUUAAGGAGGCCCAAAGAAUGCGUCAUGAAAAGGAAGAAUUUCGGAGAAGAACUUUGAAAUCAUUCAUUAUCAGUUACGAUCCGGAAACGUUCAAGCAUAAAUUAGAAGUACGUUUGGUUGAUUCGAACUCAUCUGAGUUUUAUGAGACUUUCAAAGAAAGUUUCAAAUUGUUUGAGAAAUACCAAACGAAUGUUCAUCAUGAUACUCGCUGUAAUAGAACUGGGUAUCGGAAUUUCCUUGCAGAUUCACCACUAUUCAAUAACGAAAGAGACGAGAGUAAGAGCGUGGCGCUUGGUUCAUAUCAUCAACAGUAUUAUCUUGAUGGCCGUUUAAUAGCUGUUGGUGUUGUGGAUAUUUUACCACGCUGCUUAUCAGCCAAAUACCUCUAUUACGAUCCCGACUACGAAUUUCUCGCCCUUGGAACAUACACAGCUUUACGGGAAAUUGCAUUUACUCAGGAGCUUGCAAAAGAAAGACCACAGCUACACUACUACUAUAUGGGGUUUUAUAUUCAUUCAUGUCAAAAAAUGCGCUACAAGCAGCGCUUCCAUCCAUCCGAUUUGUUAUGCGAUCGUAGUUUCACGUGGGUACCUCUGGAAAAGUGCUUAGAAAUGAUAGAGAGAUAUGGCGAACGAAUCGAAGCAUUCGCCCCAGAUGCUCCGAUAGCUGAAAAGUGUCCAGUAGAGUCCGUAAGAUGUCUUUACAAAAUGAAUAUUUUUCCGUACCAAAUUUUAUUGACGCUACCAGAUUUUAAAGAAACAGAAACAUUCAUGGAGGAAUAUACUCGAAUUGUUGGACCAGUCGCCCGAGAAAUGUUGCUCUACAGAAAAUGAUAUUUCAUAGACUUGUUUUUUAAUUUUAUUGUUUCGUUUUUUCAGCAUCGACUAUGUAAAAAAUUUUGAUCCGCGUGAAAAGUCUAACACAAAAUGCAAUCAUUUUUGCCAGUUACGGUUUAUGCAGUUGAAAGUGUUCCACACUUUUGUGGAGUUAGUAUGAAGAUUUCUGCGCGAAAUCUAACUUUGCCCAACUUAUGACGCGUGAGCUUGGUAAUAUUAGUGUUAGAAGACGAAACAUAUUGGAAGCUGCUAGACUGUUGGAAAGACCAGCAACGCCCAAUUACCUAUUUCAGAUGAUUCAAAUAAUGAAAGAAUAAACUUACAAA